AUGACAAACCCGACUGCGCUCGAGUUCGACUCUACACCGCCCUCCUCGACACCACUACGCGACAAUGCCGUCUUCUCAGACGAGCCGACGCGUUGUAACACUCCGCCCAGCAGUCCGCCAGGAUUCCCUUGGGAAAGACUCAACAAGCAGGAUGCACGCGAUCUGGACUCUUUGGCGAUAGCUGCACCGCCUCCAAAGCCACAAAAGAACGCGUUUUCUCUGCUCGGCAAGAGGAAAGUACUCGAUCCCAUCGCCGGAAAUGCGCGUCCCAAGAAACAGCAGAAGGCAGCAUGCGAGUCGGGCUCGAAGGCGGGCACCUUGACGCAGAUGCAGAUGUCGCUUGGCCAAGAGGUGCAAAAGAAGUGCAAGCAAUGUGGAAUGGAGUACACAGCCUCGUCUGCAGAGGAUCGUAAGCUGCAUGACAAGUUUCACAAGCAGAGUACCGAAGGCUAUGAUCUGGGCAAGGACUUUGUGAAACAGACUGAUCGGCGACUGCUUGUGAAGAUGAAGAGCAAUCGAGAUGCUAUACUGCGAGUGAAUUGCUUUGACAAGCAUCAUCGGCAGAAGAAGGCGCAGGCUGCGUUGGAGAUCGUCCAGAGGGAGCUGGGUGCUGUGCCGAUUCCUGAAGCGCAGAUUUGGGGUAAAGAAGCUAUGAGGGAGGGGCUGUCUAACAAUCUCGAGCCGAAGUUCGAUGCGUUCCUGUAUGUGCGUGGAGCGAAGUGUGUUGGCUUUGUGCUCGCCGAGCGGAUCGAGGAAGCAUUCGAGGUGGUGCGACCUGAUGCUGUGGUAUCGAAGACUGCCGGAUCGGUCACCACUGAUGGACGCAAGAGCGCACUUGCGGCUUUGACGCAGCGAAAACUAUCCGCGGCCCAGGAGCUCGCAGAAGCAGAACAGCAUCCGAUCCAACUCUCCACCAAACCCUCGCCGGCCGUGAUGGGCAUAUCCCGAAUCUGGACUUCGCCAACACAUCGUGGUCAAGGCAUCGCAAGAUCACUUCUGGACGCAGCUGUCGCCGCUCACAACGCUCGUCAUGCUACGGACAUGAGCUCUCGGGAGAGACUGCUACAAGAAGCUGCGGCCGAGGAGCCAAAGGGUGUAGACUGCACCCACAAACGUAUUCUUGCCGAUGACCAGCUGAAGACGAAGAAAAUCGACAGUAAAGAUCAGGUGGCAUUUAGCCAGCCGACGGAGUCUGGAGCGAAGUUGGCGAGGAAAUGGGUAGGCAAGGCUUAUGGGUGGAGGGUGUAUGUUGACUGA